AUGAAGAUCAGCAAGGAGGCCGUCACCGCGCUCGCCUGGCUGUGCGUGCUGACGGGCAGCCGGCAGCUGGGCGCGGCGUCGCUGACCGUGCGGCCGCCCGAGCUAGCAGAUCUGUUGGAGUGCGAUUGCCUGCUUGUUGGCACGCAGGACGGUUCCCUAGAGCUUCAUGAGCCCAGCGGGCGCCUGAUCUUCCGGCAGCGGCUGCAUGCGGGCCCGGUGCAGCAGAUCUGCGUGCGGCCGUGCGCGACGGGCCUGCGACAGGACGACCCGACUGAGGACAUCACAGUGGCAUACCUCGAUGCCCUGGUGCGCCUGCCAGUUCUAGAGCUGCGCACGCACCUCAAGCUGCUGCACCUCAGCCGGCAGAGCGGAGGCGCCGCGAGCACACCGCCUCUCAACUACCACCGCUGGGAGCUCCCCGCUGGCUUCGGCCCGCGCAGCGGCGCCGUGUGCCUGGGCCAGCGCCCGCGCGGCCUCGACGCGCUGCUGUCCGGCGCCGCCAGGGGCGCCAGCAGCAGGGCGGCAGACCACAAGCUCCUCAUUGCCACGGGCGGCACGAAGCCGCCGCUGGCGGGCGUGGAGGUCGAGGAGCACCCGCAGCGCAGCGCCCUGGCGCGGCUCGCGGGGGUCGCGGGGUCUGUCACCUACGCGGCAGCGGGCGCGGCGUACGGGGCGGCGUCCAAGGCGGUGACGCUCGGGCCUAGCCUUCUGUCUUCAGGUGUCCGCUCCCUCACCAGCUGGGUCGCCGGCUCCCCCCGCGACGCCCAGCGCGCGGCUGCUGUGCCCACGUACGACCUGCAAGGCGCGCCCAAGCCGGAAGCUUCCCUGCCCUGGCGGCCAUUGCACGACGACCCCAGGAAGCUUGGGCCCCUGGUUCCCGCGCCCGCGGGGGCCCUGCUGGCAGCGGCGGACAACCUGGGGCGCGUGCUGCUGGUCAACGGCGCAAACAUGGCGGUCCUGCGGAUGUGGAAGGGCUACCGUGACGCGCAGUGCGGCUGGGCGCUGCCGCCCGACGGCCACCCCUGGGCGCACCACGGGCUGCUGCUCGUGCUGCACGCGCCGCGGCGGGACCUGAUAGAGGUCUGGGCGCCCCGCUCCGGCGCCCGCGUCGCCGCCGCGCGCGCGGAGGGCGCCUGCCGCCUGCUGCCCGUCGCGGCGCCGUGCGGCGGGUGGCGGAACGAGCUCGCGGGGCGGUGGGCGGCGCGCGGCGCGCCGAGCACGGUGGUGCUGCGGCUGGCGGGGAGGCGGCGGGGGCGCAUGUGGGACGUCUUGGACCUUGCCUGGAGGUGA